GUGGUAUUGCAUUUGCACUUGACCUUUAUUUAAGAAGAAGCAGAGAAGAGAAGAGUGUAAGUAGGAGAGUGAGUGAGAAUGGCUCCCAAGUUUCUAAUCCUUUUGGCCGUGUUAUCCAUUUCAGCACUGUCACUGAGUCCUUCUCAUGCACAAGACUCAGAUAACAAUGGCCUCGUCAUGAACUUCUACAAGGAAGCAUGUCCUCAGGCUGAAGACAUCAUCAAAGAACAAGUCAAGCUUCUCUACAAGCGCCACAAGAACACUGCUUUCUCUUGGCUCAGAAACAUCUUCCAUGACUGUGCUGUUCAGAGUUGUGAUGCUUCACUGUUGCUGGACUCCACAAGAAGGAGCUUGUCUGAAAAGGAGACAGACAGAAGCUUUGGUUUGAGGAAUUUCAGGUACAUUGAGACAAUCAAAGAAGCUGUGGAAAGGGAGUGCCCAGGAGUUGUUUCCUGUGCUGAUAUACUCGUUCUCUCUGCCAGAGAUGGCAUUGUUUCGCUAGGAGGACCCUAUAUCCCUCUUAAAACUGGGAGAAGGGAUGGUAGAAGAAGCAGAGCUGAUGUAGUUGAAACAUUCCUCCCAGACCACAAUGAAUCCAUUUCUUCAGUUCUUGACAAGUUUGGUGCCAUGGGAAUUGACACUCCUGGAGUGGUUGCAUUGCUUGGAGCACACAGUGUUGGUAGAACUCAUUGUGUGAAGCUGGUGCAUCGUUUGUACCCGGAGAUUGAUUCAGCACUGAACCCUGACCAUGUCCCUCACAUGCUGAAGAAGUGCCCUGAUGCCAUUCCAGACCCGAAGGCUGUGCAGUAUGUGAGAAACGACCGUGGAACCCCCAUGAUUCUGGACAACAACUACUACAGAAACAUAUUGGACAACAAGGGGUUGCUGAUAGUGGAUCACCAACUGGCGAAUGACAAGAGGACGAAGCCUUAUGUGAAGAAAAUGGCCAAGAGCCAAGACUAUUUCUUCAAGGAGUUUUCUAGAGCCAUCACCUUGCUCUCUGAGAACAAUCCUCUCACUGGCACAAAGGGAGAGAUCAGAAAGCAGUGCAAUGUUGCCAACAAGCACCAUGAGGAGCCAUGAGUGCUUUCUUCCUCCUUCUGUGUGAGGAAGAAAAAUCUGUAAAAUAUUAUGCAAAAAUAAUUAAGGGGCAUGCUGUGUUUUAUUUUAGGUUUGGUUGAGUCAUAUGAAUGAACCCAUCCAGACCGCUGCUUGAACCUUGUCGGCAGGUUCGUGGGGAUGUGAGGACUGAGAUGUGACUGUGUUGUUGUUGUUGUUUUUUUUAUUUGAAUAAGGAUGUUAUAUUUAGUACGCAAGUAGGAGUUGUUGGGUAGAAGGGUAUGUUCACGGUGUUAAUUAUGAUAUAUCAAUGUAUGCAUGUGAGUGCUGUCUUCUAUGGCAGUGACAACAAUGUUUAUGGUAUCCACACUCAAAAGUUUGUUCUUUCUUUCAACAUAAA